AUGGUCCCUGCUCUCAAGUAUAUACCCAAUGCCCAGGAGGCAAGAAUUCCUUACUACAAGGACUUUCCAAAUAUUUUCCUUGGUGCGCUUUAUUCGAGUACCCAAGAUGACCCGGAGAAACCUAUUACUAGUGGUUUCUACCGCAUCGAAAAGGGCGCAACCAUGACCGCCACGUAUACAUACUACGAGUUUAAGCUCGUUGUUGCUGGCGAUAUUAUUGUCUCGGAUUCAACGGGACAAAAAGUGAAGGCUGUUAAGGGUGACAUCAUCUAUUUCCCCAAAGGCGCAACGAUUACUUUUGAAACUGAGAACGGCGGCGAAGCCUUUUUUGUUGCUCAACGUGCCUCGCCGUAG